CAGUACUACAACUUGGAGUGCAACCAGGGGAACCGGACUCACCCUGUGUCGCUCUGGGAGUGGAGGACUUGACAACCCUGUGGACGUAGUUUUCUUCUCUUCGUUGGAUGGAAGUUGCCAUCACUGGGAACGGUUUCACUUCGAAAUCGUAACAUCGCUUUCAUUUUGGUAUCCCAAAUGAGCACGAGAGGAACGUACUAAUAUUAGAGAUUGGAUGCCAGGGUUUUAUAUAUUAAGGAGAGCAAGCGAAGAGCGGCAGCGCUGUAAGCGCAGGGAGAAGACGCACAUGUUUUGUUUGUUAUUUUCUUUGCUCACUGAUAUGAUUUUAACACUAUUCUUAGAGCUGAUGACACAGGCCGAAUGAUUCUGCAUCCCGUCGCUUUGGAGAAGAUCAGUAUAGAGUUCUGGUGAAGAUGAAGCGGAGGGAAGUGUCGCAUCUGUGGUUGCUGAUCCUCACUGUGGUGUCGGUGUCAGUCAGCGGAUUACCCACAGACUUUGAGAGGACCUCAGUCAAAGACAGAGACACUUCAGCGUCUCUUACGGAGGUCAUAGUAAAGAGUAGCCAUAGUGACAAUCAUCAGACUCUCAAGGAGCUGCAGCAGAAGAACCUGCUCAAGACUUCGUCCUCUAGUCUACCUUCUCUGAAGUCUAGACACCAAUGGUCCCAGCACCUUCACCAGGGUGUGCUCCCCCCUCCUCAGCCUGAAGAGGACCUUGAGCCUUUUAUACUGGAUCUGAGGAACUUCCCAGAGCUGGCCAAUGCAGACAUGGGCUCACAGAACCCUAACAUUCAGGUGACCAUUGAGGUUGUAGACAACACCCAGACUGAGGUGGAGAUGGACCUGGCCAAGGAGGGUCAGCGUAAUGACUGGUCAGCGUCAUCCUCAGAGUGGGCCAACAGCCACGAGAAAUUGUUCUGGCCAUUGUUCUGGGAGUAUCCGGAGCAGUUGGACAAUGGCCUGGGAAGAGCCAGUUUAGAGGAGCAGUCUGAGGACUACAACUCUGACCCAGAGGAGCUUGUUCUCAGUGGAGUGAGGGGAGACUGGGGUGGGCACUGGAACAAAGACUGGCACGGCGAGGAUAACUACAAGCUUGAGGAGGAGUGGAGCUACUGGGCUCCCUGCAGUGUUACCUGUGGACAUGGCACCCAGAAACGCACCCGUUCCUGUGGCUAUGCAUGCACUGCAACUGAGUCACGCACAUGUGACCUGGAGAGCUGUGCUGACAAUGUGAUUUCAGUGACUGUGCUGACACCCAUUCAGACCACCAACAGCACCAAUUUGCUGGACACAAAGGUAGACAGCUGUGAGAAGUGGCUAAGCUGCAAGAAUGACUUCCUCCUGAAGUACCUUCACCAAGUGCUCACAGAGCUCCCCAGCUGCCCCUGCUCAUACCCCACUGAGGCAGUUUACAGUGCCGUUAACAUCCAGGAUGCCAAACUUCAGAAGAUCUACCGCUGGAGGGAUGCAAGCGGACCCAAAGAACGCCUGGACAUCUACAAGCCAUCAGCCAGAUUCUGCUUACGCUCAAUGCUGUCAUAUGAUAGCACAACAUUAGCAGCGCAGCACUGCUGCUACGAUGAUCAGAUGAGACUAAUAACACGAGGAAAAGGAGCAGGAGCACCAAGUUUAAUCAGUACAGAGUUUUCACCAGAGCUUCAUUAUAAGGUGGAUGUACUGCCUUGGAUUCUGUGCAAAGGGGACUGGAGUCGGUUUCACUCAGCAAGGCCGCCCAAUAAUGGACUGGAGUGUGCAGCUAAUCCCCCUGAAGAAGUGUUUCAGAUGGAACUUAAAGAAGCCAGGGAGUACUAACACUGGGGAUGUGGAGUUACGACAAGAAGGGAGAAUGACAGGCGAGUGAAGUUGUGGUUUGUAAUUCAAACUGCCAUUUCUCCUUCAUUUUCACACCAUCCUGCACAAGCACAAAAAUGAUUUACAGUGUUAAUAUAAUGUUUCUCUGGUGCAUUCACUGUGAAUGAACUCCUGCCAGCUCCAGAUUGGGUAACUUUGGUUUAAAGAAGAAGAAGAAGAACAUAACUUUCAAAUCAUAUCAAAAUAUGAAUAGAAGACAUCGACAACAAUGAGUGCCGAACCUUUUUUUUUAAUACUUGUAUGUUGACCGUUUGCUGAGAAAUUAAAUAACACUGGUGUUGGAACUGUUGGUCAAUGAAAAUCAGUGUUAGAAUAAGUUUUAUUUUCAGCUACUCCCUGUCGAUGCAUGUUGCUGCUAAUCUGCUGGGAUAUGCUGAGCUGAAUGUCUGAUGGCAUUUGUGUGCACGGUAUAUGUGUGUGAGUGUGUAUGUACAGAGGAUAUGCUUAUUUAUUGGCCCAAUUUUAAUCAGAUCUAGUAUCCCAAAGGAAUUCCUGUCAAGCUGCUUAACAGGAAAUAAAGUCAUUGGACUACAAA